CGGGCGGCGCGGUCAGGUGAUGCGGCGGGAUCAUGUGAGCGCGGCGGGGCGCGGCCGGUGUCGGCGGGGCCCGAGGCAGUCGGAGCCGCGUGUCCCUGGGCGGCGGCGGCGGCGGCGCUCGCCCCCCGCCCCCCCGAGCGAUGGGCGCCUGGGGGCUGGCUCUGGCCUGGGCGCUGCUGCUGGCCUGCGGCCGGGCCCUGGAGAACGGGCUGGCGCGGACGCCGCCGAUGGGCUGGUUGGCCUGGGAGAGGUUUCGCUGCAACGUGGACUGCGAGGUGGACCCCCAAAACUGCAUCAGUGAGAAGCUCUUCUUUGACAUGGCAGACCGCCUGGCAGAGGAUGGCUGGAGGGAGCUGGGCUACAAGUACAUCAACAUUGAUGACUGCUGGUCAGCAAAGCAGCGGGAUGCCUCAGGACAGCUGGUUCCCGAUCCCAAGAGGUUCCCCCGAGGGAUUAAGGCCUUGGCUGACUAUGUCCAUUCCCGGGGCCUGAAGCUGGGCAUUUAUGGAGACCUGGGCACCCUCACCUGUGGGGGCUAUCCAGGCACCACAGUGGACCGUGUGGAGCAGGAUGCCCAGACCUUUGCGCAGUGGGGUGUGGACAUGCUGAAGCUGGAUGGGUGCUACUCAUCGGAGGAAGAGCAGGCAGAGGGCUACCCGAAGAUGGCGAAGGCCUUGAACGCAACAGGCCGUCCCAUAGUCUACUCCUGCAGCUGGCCAGCGUAUCAGGGUGGGCUCCCCCCAAAGGUGAACUACACCCUCCUGGCAGAGAUCUGCAACCUCUGGCGUAACUAUGGAGAUAUUGAGGACUCCUGGGACAGUGUGCUUUCCAUCGUGGACUGGUUCUCUGCACACCAGGACGUGCUGCAGCCGGCGGCUGGCCCUGGCCACUGGAAUGACCCAGACAUGCUCAUCAUUGGAAACUUUGGCCUUAGCUACGAGCAGUCACGCUCUCAAAUGGCCUUGUGGACGGUGAUGGCAGCUCCGCUCCUCAUGUCUACUGACCUCCGCACCAUCUCCCCGAGCGCCAAGGAGAUCCUGCAGAACCGGCUGAUGAUCCAGAUCAACCAGGAUCCCCUGGGAAUCCAGGGACGUAGGAUUGUCCAGGAGAAAUUCCACAUCGAGGUGUUCCUGCGCCCGCUGUCCCAGGCUGCCAGUGCGCUCGUCUUUUUCAGCCGGAGGACGGACAUGCCAUUUCGCUACACCACCAGCCUGGCCAAGCUUGACUUUCCGGACCAUGCCAUGUAUGAGGUCCAAGAUGUGUACAGUGGUAAAAUCAUCAGCAGCUUAAAGACAGGAGACAACUUCACGGUUGUGAUUAACCCCUCGGGAGUGGUCAUGUGGUAUCUCUACCCCAUGGCGCAGCCCUGGCACUUAGUCAAACAGCAAGGUCCUGAGGGAGGUGUCCACCCUGUCAUCCUGUGACAGUGCUCAGCACGGGGGACGUGGGGCAGUACCAGGGUCAUCUGUGAGGCCCUGGAGCGCCUUUCUCUGCGCUGCAUAAGUGCCUCUUGCUGACAUUAUUGACAGUGCAGGGGGAUGAAGUUUAUGCCAUUCCUCUGGUACAAACUUGAUGAUUUCUACUUAAUCUUUGUAAAGCAGGACUUCUUGUUACCUGCUUCCUAAGGGUGGUGCACAGCUUGAUUCCCUGAUCAUUGCAAAGCGCUCCUGUGGAAAAAAUGCCAUAAAAACAGGGUCUGACCUCUGAGCUUACAAACCCUGAUACCUGAGUGCUUCAUCACAUCAAGGUGGGUACCACAUACCACUGCAGGAGAUAUUUUAACUAGACCUGCAGAAAGGCUUUAGAUGCUUUAGUAUCUUGUCAGGUAAUAGCUCCCCAUGUGUGUGAUGGAGUGACUCCCAAGGGUCAGACAUGAUCACCUUCUCUCCUUUGCUGUAAUCAACUUGGCUCAGAAUAAGGGGCUGUCAGUAGGGCUUCACCCCUCCCACAUACCCUCUGUGAGACCAAGAGCUCAUGGAGGCAGGAUGGUCCUGAGCACAGAGGCUAGGGGGACUCCCAGAGGCGCUAGCUUUGCUUGCAGACCUGAGCCUGCUGCCAGCAUCCUCGAGGCCAGCACUACUAUUGUCCAACAUGCAUGCCAAAAAAAAAAAAAAAAAAAAGGCUAGUAACACCAAUCCUUCAGGAGUUUCCUACCAAUUUCACUGCCACGCUGCUGGGGAAGGUUUUCAGUCAGUGGGUCCGCACUGUAUUAAAGUCCCUCUGCUGUCAGUUUACAGCAGAGCAAAAACCAAAAAAUGCCUAUGCAGAACCCCAGUAGUCUUGCUGUGGAACAGCUUAAAAAACCUGCCGUGUCAUAGCAUGUUGUGCCCAUAACUGAUGGUGGGGAGUUACUGGUCUUUAGAGUUGGUGGAUAGUCACAGGUGCCUCCAAGCUGCAAGUUGCAUUCCUGUCUUGCUUUAUUUCAGCAGGAAAGUUGAUUUACCUGCUGAAAGGGGGCUCACCCUCUCCUCUAGUAGGCUGAACACUCCAGGGUUUCUCAGGGAACAGCUCCUCCUUCUCCAAAGGGCAGCUACAUACACAGCUCCAGUAAAAGGAGGAGUUAGCACUAACACCCUGGAGGGGCUUGGAGUUGUGGGAUGAGCUCUGGAACUCUUAACUGAUUCAUUUUGGUACUUUGGCUGUGCCUGACAGUACAUAUCCUCCUACAGUGGAGGCUGAGUAUCUGCAACUGCUACCACAGAUGUUAGUCAUGGUGGGACCAACCACGAGGGGGAAAACUGCCAUCCCUCCCAGGCACUAGUUCCUGCUGUUCCCCAUAAAGAGAAAAGCUGUGACAAACAACUGAGUAGAAGAACAUUGUGGGGAGGAAUGUCUCAAAACAUGGGGGAGACUUUACCCAUAGGAUUGAGGGAUGGAUAGGGCUGUUUCUUAUCUUGGAUACACAAAAGAACGUGGCAGAUGCUAUGCUCACUCUGCCCUUUGCUGCUGGACACGAGCAAUGCCAAUGUGCACUGGUGCUUGCCCUUCCUUGGUUGUUGUAAGCACAGGGAAGCACUAAAGAAAAUACUGCUUAAAAACCUACUUGUGAUACAGGUGAAGUUUAUCUCACCUGAUCUCAUGUACUUCAAUGUGUCAUCUCAGUGCCCACAAAAGAGGCAGCUAAUGCACUGUGUUGCAGGAUCACUCGCUGCUUCUCCCACCCCCCUGUCAGAGCAAUUUUAGCAGACCAGCUAAAGGCAAGCACAGGCAGAACAGGUAUUCAAGUUUAGAUGAGACACGGCCUGCCUACCUACCUCGACUGACUCAGGAUAGGGGUGCAACAUUUGUUAAAAUUCCUCCCUAAGAGUACAGGGCAACUGAGGGAGACUGAUAACAAGAACAGCCUCAGAUGGGGGAAGUACCACAUUUUAACUUAACCCAAAGAAAAAAAAGUUUCCCCUUUCAAGUCACUCCAGAUGACAAAGGAGGGUUGGGAGUCUACUCCAGUUCUUGGAGGACCAAAUGGCUGACUCUAGCCACUCACAGCAGCUUUCUCCAAGCGCAGCAGCAAGAUACUGAAUAUCAUGCUUUGCAAUGCCAAUAAUAAACCAAAACAAAAAAAUCCACUUCAUGCCCAUGUACAGGAGCUGGCUUUGUUCUUGCUAAGUGAUUUAGACAAUUUAAAUAAAAGGGAAGCAGGUCA